GACAGAAUCAACUUGGAAGAGACACACUACACAUGCCAUGAGUGUGGGAAAAGCUUCAAUCGGAGCUCACACCUUAUCAGACAUCAGACAAUCCACACAGGAGAGAAGCCCUACACAUGCGCCAAGUGUGGGAAAAGCUUUAGUCACAGCUCUGCCCUUAUCAGACAUCGGAGAAUCCAUACAAGAGAGAAGCCCUACACAUGCUCAGAGUGCCGGAAAAGCUUCAAUCAGAGCUCAAACCUUAUCAGACAUCAGAGAAUCCACACAGGCGAGAUGCCCUACACAUGCCCUGAGUGCGGGGAAAGCUUCAAUCACCGCUCUGCCCUUAUCAUACAUUGGAGAAUCCACACAGGAGAAAGGCCCUACACAUGCUCUGAGUGUGGGAAAACCUUUAAUCAGAGCUCAAACCUUAUCAGACAUAGGAAAAUCCACAUGGGUGAGAAGCCCUACACGUGCACUGAGUGCGGGAAAAGCUUCAAUCGGGGCUCAGACCUUAUCACACAUCAGAGAAUCCACACAGGAGAAAGGCCUUACACCUGCACUGAGUGUAGGAAAAGCUUCAGUCACCGCUCUGCCCUUAUCACACAUCGAAGAAUCCACACAGGAGAAAGGCCCUACACGUGCCAUGAGUGUGGGAAAACCUUUAAUCAGAGCUCAAACCUUAUCAGACAUAGGAUAAUCCACAUAGGUGAGAAACCUUAUGGAUGCUCCGAGUGUGGGAAAUGUUUCUUUAAUCAUUCAGGCCUGAUCUUACAUCAGAGAAUCCACUGAGGGGAGACACCGUACACGUUCUCUGAGUGUGGGAAAAGCUUCAGGCACAGCUCAAACAUUGUCUCACAUAGGAGACUCCACAUGGGGGGGAGUGUGGGAAAAGCUUCAAUCAGCACUCAAGCCUCAUUAGACAUCAGAAAAUCCACAUGAGAGAGAAUUGUGAUAAAUCCCUUGACUAGGGUUGGCCAAAGAAUUUUUUUUAAAAAAAAGUCACAUUUGC